AUGAUCGCAACAACAACAAAACAUCGAAAGAAAAAGAGAUCCAACGAUAUUGAUGAUGACGAUGAAGAUGGUGAAGACAAUGAUGAUGAUGAAGAUGAUAACAAUGAUGGAGAAAAUAAUCGAAAACGAUAUGAACCAAAAUGGUGUUCAAGUGAUAUUUUAGUACAUAUUUUAAAUCGUAAAGAAUUAUUACUGCAAUUACAAUGUAAUCUAUUUUGUGGUCAUAAAUGGUCAUCAUUUAUACAAUUAUCCGAUGCAUUAAUUACUGAUCGUCGUUUGCCAUGUAAUUUAAUAAUGCGUAAUUUUCUAUUUAUUUUAUUCAAAUCCAAACCAAAUCUGCUUGAUAAUUCGGAACGAUUUGAUAGUGCAUAUAAAUUCGUAUGGAAUUUAUUAUUUCUGAUGAUUGAUCGUUAUGAAACAAUGAUUGAAUUGAUAAAUUAUUUCAUUUGGGUUGGUUAUUAUCAUCAACAACCAUCAUUGUUGGCUAAAGGUAAAUCAAUGAUAUUGGAUUUAAAUCAAGAAAUUGAACGUCGUUAUAGACGUGGCCAAAAAAAACAACAAUUUUCUAAAUCAUUUCAUAUGUUGGAAAUUGUAUUUCGGAUUUAUAUGGAAUAUUUUGAUCUGAUUGAUUGGAAAUUGAAUGGACAAACAACAUCAUCAGCUAUACGUUUAGAUAAAUUAAAAACAAAUUUUAAUGAUUUAAUUGAACAUUUUGCGGUGGAACCAUUACCUGAAUUAAAUCUGGAUAUUGUACCAUUAAUAAUGUUGGAAUUAUUUUUUAUUGAAGAAAAUCGCCAAAACGGAAAUAAUCAUUAUCAUGAUGAAGCAUUGGAAAUGUUAACAAAAUAUUCAAAAACAUUUCCCGAUAAUCUUAAUGGCCAUGUUUAUUUAUAUGAAUUUUUAAAAAGAUUUAAAAAACAUUUUAAUCAUUCGCUUGACGAUAAUUCACGAUCAAUACAAAUUGAAUGUCUUCGAAAUAUUGAAAGAUUAUGUCCUGAUUCAAAAUAUGUUUUACGUUUAGCACAACAGAUUGUUGAUGAUGAACCAAUCGAAUGUUUAGAAAUGAUAACAAAUUUUCUUGAUUAUCAUUCCAAUUCAAAUUCAUUAAAAGCAUGGAAAAUUUUACAUCGAAUAUUGAUACAUAUUUUCAAUAGAAAAUCAACAAUAACAACCACCGAUAUAGAUGAUGAUAUUCUAUUACAGAUACGAAAAUUUUUAUUUAUAAAAUUAAAAUAUUGGCAGCAUAUUCAUUUUCGUCUGGAUCAACUUAAUAGUUUUCUUUCGGAAUGGCAACGAAAUAAUUUGAUUGGUACAGAACAAUUGGAAUCAACAAAUAAUGAUGAUGAUAUUCGUUCAGUUGCUUCAACAACAUUUCGUUCAAUUAUUUCGACAACAUCAACAUUUCAAUCUGCUGAUUCGUCUACGAUUCAAUCAUCAUCAUCUUCAUUGAUAAAUAAACGUGAUCUUUAUAAAUAUAAAGGAAAAAUUAUUGCCGAAAUUCAUCGUAAAUUUCCCGAUUUAAUUAAUUGUGAUUAUACACAUUUGAUUUAUUUAAAAAUUAAAACACAAAAUCUUUGAAAUAAAAAAAAACAAAAAUAAAAAUUUUUUAAAUUCAUAA